UUGUCACACCGCAGUCAUGGCCGGCUUCACAUUUUUGCCGAUAACUGUACUCCUAAUCGGGAUUGCUACAGCUCAAAACCCUUCAGCUGUCGAUUUAGUUAAUGACAUUUACACCGGAUGUGUAAAAGAUUGGUCGUUGAGUUGUGCCAGACCGAAAGCCUUGCAGUGGUUCAGUGAAGUGAGUCAAAAUGACGAAAUUAAGAUAACACAUGAUUUGGUUAUAGUUAAAAAGGAUAAUCCUAAGGAAUUUGAGCAAGGUAGAGGACUGGAAGAUGAUGUUUUCGAAAGAUUUGAAGAUUUUAUCCAAUCCCAUGACCUGAUAGUUAAGCCUCCAGUAGUUUUGGCACAAACAGGAGCUUUCAAGAAACUAUUUGCCAGAUCUCUUGAACCUCAGGAAGUCAAAGUACCUUUGGCUGUAACUGGUCGAUCAUCAAAAGUUGUGAAAAAAGUAAUUCUUCCAUUUUUGUUGGGUCUGAAAUUCAAAACUGCCAUUUUGGUUCCUUUAGUUUUGGCUUUGAUUGCUCUAAAAACCUGGAAAGCACUGACAUUAGGUCUUCUAUCCUUAGUUCUUACUGGAGCAUUAUUGAUUUUCAAACUCACUAAACCAAAGACUGUAAACUACGAGGUGAUUCACUAUCCGCAGCAUGUAGAUCAUCACGUAGUAGACCAUGCUCCUAUUUCCAGCGGAUGGGACCAUCCUGGAUAUGGUAGACAAUUGAAUGCAGAUGAAAUGGCCUACAACGCUUAUUUAAAUAUCAAAAUGGCGGGGUUUGCAAAGUGUCUAAUUCUUAUCGUUGCUGUAACGAGUGCAGCGAGUGCAAACCCAUCCCUGGUGGAUGUGGCGCAAGACAUGUACAAAUCUUGCUUGCAGGAUUUUUCUGUUAGCUGCGUGAGGCCGAAGGCUUUGAAUUGGAUGAACUACGUUGCUCAGAAGAAUGUGAUUAAGAUUACCGAUGAUUUGGCGAUGGUUAGAAACACAAACGUCGAAGCUGAGGAUCGUUCUUACGAAACUAAUAACAUUUUGGACCGCUUCGACAGGUUUUUAGUUGAACACAGUUUAGUGGCAAAGGUUCCAUCUGUUCUAAGCUCUGAUGGUCCCCUAGCUAAACUAGUCCCAAGAAGUUUCGUUCAACCUGAACCAAUUGCUGUACCUUUAGCCGCUACUGGACGUUCUUCUAAAAUCGUUAAGAAGGUCAUUUUUCCAUUCUUAUUAGGACUGAAAUUCAAAACCGCUUUCCUAGUGCCUUUGGCGUUAGGUUUAAUCGCCUUGAAAACAUGGAAAGCUCUGACUUUGGGUCUGAUUUCCUUAGUUCUCACUGGCGCAGUAGCUAUUUUCUCCAAAUUCGUAAAACCCCCACAAUAUGAAGUCGUCCACUAUCCACAUGUUGACCAUCAUGUUGACUUACUGCCUAUCGCUCCUCCACUUCCGGUUGCACCAGUGCAAGCCCCAGUACCGGUGUAUGGAGCACCAGUUUACAGACACAGAAGGUCUGCAGCUGAAAUGGCUUACCGUGGGCAAUUAUAAUAAAAAAUGGA